UGUGGUGUAGCAGCAAGAUCUCAUCUCAGCAGCAGGGAGCUAGAGCGCGUGGAAAAUGGUCAAGAACCACCCGGGCGGCGGCACUAGCAGGUGCGAGGCUGCGGCGGCUAUGGCAGAGAGCGGUGGUGGGGGUGGGACGGCGGCGCUGUGCGGCGGCGGGAGUAGGCAGCCGGCGAUGGCGGUGAGGCAGUACAAGGGGGUGCGGAUGCGGAGCUGGGGGUCGUGGGUGUCCGAGAUCAGGGCACCGCACCAGAAGCGCCGGAUCUGGCUCGGCUCCUACGCCACCCCGGAGGCAGCCGCGCGCGCCUACGACGCCGCGCUCCUCUGCCUCAAGGGCUCCGACGCCGUCCUCAACUUCCCCUCCUCGUCCUCCGCCUCGCCCUCGUCGCCGCAUUCGCUUCCCUCCCCCGCCGAUCAGCACGCCGACGACCUGUCUCCGAGGUCCAUCCAGCGCGCGGCCGCCGCUGCGGCAGCGGCCUUUGAAGCCACCAGGAUCGUCGCCGGCGUCGUGGACGACAGCUGCUCUUCCAGCGCCGAGGCGACGACGCCGACCUCGGUCUCAGUGUCCACACUGGGGAGCGCCGACGUCCAGGAGCACGCCACGUCUUCGAUGGCCAGCGCUGGCUCGCCGGUGGGAGAUCACGACGAGCUGUGGACGGAGCUGGACGCGUUCGCGUCCCCCAAGCUCAUGGACCUCAUCGCCGCCGGUCACGCCACGCCCUUCUCGUCGACCUGGGAGGAGCCCGAGGAGGACGGCGAGAUGAUGAGGCUGUGGAGCUUCUGCUAGAGUGAAGCGUCCACCGUCUCCAAUGGAUCGACAUCCAUACGGGCAUCCAUGAGUCGAUCACCAUUGAUCAUUGGUUUUUUCUUUCUCCCAUGGAAGCUAGCUAGGUGCAUGCAUGGAUCCUCUCUACUAGGCUCUAGCUAGGUCUCACUCCAAGUGUGCUUCCAUAGAUUCUUUCGUUCAUUUAGUAAGAACAUACGUAAUACUUAUACAAUAUAUACUACUAUGUGUGUGUUUAUUUGGCGAGACGUUAGUAAUACCACUGCUACUACACUGUAUGGGUUCAUGAGUGAAUCGAGCGAGACUGUCUGCAUUGGAUA